CAGAGCCUGGUGCUCCCAAAUUAGUAUUUAUUUGUAUCCCCUUUAAGUUAUAGUUCCUUCACCUUUCACCUGUCACUUAUUUAAUUCAGUAUCAUUAUCUUCUCUCCUCCCUCAAUCAUCAUCACCCUUACUCAAUCCAAUCGAAUUCGCAUCAUGAAGGCUUCCGUCCAAAUCUUCACUUUGACCGCCAUGACCUGCCUGUCCCUAUUGCAAGUCAAUGCCCACUUGACCAUGGUCAGUAUGAUGGGCGAAACCAACGGAUACAGGGGCACAUCCUUCGGCGAAAUGGAAGGAGUCCCUCGAAAUGGCACUGCUCGUUUCCCAUUCCAAGCCGAUAGCGGUGUCAUUCGUCAAGGAGACAUCGACAAGGGACUCGCAAGCGUUUGUGGACGUACUUUGAUGGGCCCCAUUGACAUGAAGGUCGCUUUUCAAAAAGCCGAGAAUGAAGGUCUACCCGAUCUCGCUCCCGGAGGUCGGAUCACCAUCACGACCCACCAGAUUAACGCCGAUGGUGGAGGGCCAUACUCUUGCGCCGUUGACACUGGAGCGACGGGAGAGAGAUUCAUUCCGAUUCCGAUUGAAGUCAACAUUCCUGGCGCCAACGGACGGUCAGACGCCCGAGCCAUCGAUCUUCCUCUCGUGGCAAAGAUGCCCAAAGAUCUGAUCUGUACCGGUGGAAGUGAUAAGCAAACUUGUCUCAUCAGAUGCUUGAAUGGAGCCAAAGCUGGUCCAUUCGGAGGCUGUCUAGCUUUUACCCAGAAAGCAGGUGCCGCUGACAAUGCUACCCCGCUUCCCUCAGAUGCCGACUUGUUCGGCCCAGCACUCGAAGCUUUGAAACAGAAAGCACAGAACGAUCCUCAGCAAGUGAUCGUCAUGCCUAUCGCCAAGAAGGUCAUCCCUUUGAACCUGUCACCAACCAGGCGAUCGCUCAUUGAACGUCAGACUGCAACCCCGACUGGACAACUGCUUGUCUAUCCUCCUGUAUCCCGGAUCUCCACUGCCACUGGAAGCACACCCGCAUCGACCUCGUUUGGUACUAACCUCGAUGGAAGCGGUUUGACCGAUAACAACGGUGGAAAUGGACAAACCAACAAUACCAAGCCGCCGAUUACCCCGCCACCUGCUGGUAAGGCCAAAGCCCAGAGACGAUUGAGGAGAAGCGAAUCACCUUCACCUUGGGUUCCCCCCAAGUCCCCUACCAACGAGGGAAUCCAAUUCGAGAUUUCAACUGGACCUCUCGGCCAAGCUGAUGUACCUAAGCAGGCCCAGAAGCCAAAGGAUCUUCCUCCUAGGCCCGUUAGAAGGUCACAACAGGUCUUCCAAAUCCCGGAAUAAAU